AUGUUGGAUACUACAGCAGUCCGCCGCUACCUGCAGCUCGUUCACAAGGGCUACGAGGAAUACUCCAUCUCAUCUCGAUUGGCGUCCCUACACCACCAACUACAACUAAAUGAAGGGACCAUGACAGCAAAAAUGGGUCGUCAUUAUAACUGCCUGCACCACCAGAUGUACGUCGUAAGGCGAAAGGCGGAGGAAAAAUGUAGACGGGUCACUAAUGUAUCGGUGCCCUGGUCUCCUAAGAUGCAACAGUUUUGGGACCGUCAAUCCUUGUGGAAGAUUCUUUUGAAGGGGAGGAAGGGUUGCCGGGUGAGUUUGCGUAAAAUCCGCAGAUUGAUGAAGAAGGUUGAGAUACCGGACGCGUGGACGAAGACGACAACGGAAUUGGAGAUCGCCCUCCGUCAGGACCGGAAGGAAUACCUUGAGGCUAAGACCCAUUAUGCUGUGAAGUGGCGCAAGGAAUUUUUGACUGUGCAGGCGGCGAAGUCCAAAAAGAAACAAUGGCGGUCGCGAAAGGCCAGAGACCGUUUCCUGAGGUUACAGCGGAUGAAGCAACGGGAGGAGGCGAGACGCCGACGCCGCGCCCAGGCAAAAGGAUCUACUGGGGGAUUACACGCGAUUCAAGUCGAAGAGAGGCUGCCUUCAGGUGAAGUGGGCUUGCGGACUGUCUCUGAAAGGAGCCAAGUGGAACAGGGGUGCAUGCAGGAGAAUUGCGCACGGUAUGAUCAGACCAGAUCGCCUCAUAUGACCCCUCCAAUGGAUGCUCCACUGUACCAAAUGUUUAAUGGCCAUGACGCGGAACAAAACUCCCUCGCCCUUCUCGAAGGGCGUCUUCCCCUACCAGAUGGCAUUGACUAUCCAACUCGGUCUUUCCUUUCUCAGUGCAGGUUCCACAAAGAUCAUUCUACGUCCCUUCUGGAGGUUUCUACUGAAGAUCACACCUACUUCUGGUCUCGGAAUCCGGAACACAAGGGCUCUGAACCUCAUGGCCUGCAUAAUGGCCACUUUAAAGCUGGGAUUCUCUCCCCUAUGAUCGCCCAGUGUGACGCCUUGUUUCGGCAUAUCCCUCUAACUACUGGGUUCGUUCCUGACAACUGGCGACAUUUAAUGAAUUUUGCCAUUGAAAAGAAGCCCGGGGAGUUUUGCCUGAAGAAAAUGCGAACAAUUCAGUUGAUGAACUCUGAAUCCCAGGCCAAUUAUAAGCAACUCGGUCGUUUGGCCAUGACUUAUGGCAAAGACCAUCACCUGAUUGCUGAUGGUCAAUGCGGGUCCCGAAAGCACCAUCAAGCGAUUGAUCUCGCCCUGUCGAAGCGGCUGGUGUGGGACCUACUGAUUCUCCAGCGUUGA